UUUUUUUUUUUGCAGUUUUAGCUUGAAAUAUAUUUUUUAAAACAUUAGUUUAAGUUUAAAGGUACUUCUAAAACUAAUUUUAAAGUCCAAAACUAUUCCAAACCUAUAGACAUAAUUUAAACCUAUCCUAAAAAGAGUGUUUUGUUUAAUUUAAUCAUCAUAGUAUUUAUUGUAACUUUAAAGAUACAAUACUUUGAAAUUUUCACUAAUUUUAAAAUUAUGCAUGGAUUAAUAUCAUUUGGUAUUUGUUUCCCGACGUCGUAUUUCUCAUUCAUGCAUGAAUACAACUCUCACACCCUCAAACAACACAAUAUAGAAGAGGGAAAAAUAUGCCAAAUUUAACAGAUUUGAAAGAAAAUAAAUACAUAACGUAGUUUGAAAAUCUUUUAACGGGUAGACUUUCCAACAAAAACAAAAUACGAGACGUUCUUUUGAUGUCGAUACUGGACCGACAAGCAGCCAUGGACAACGUGGCAGCUCAGGAAUGGACUGAUGAGGUCAUACGAUCUGUCAGUUUGAACGGCUCCGAUGAAGACACGCAUAAGAUCCCUAAUUGAAAAGAUUUAGAAAAUCAAAUGAUUGAUUAAGCAACUACUACAGUUAAUCAUCUAAUAAUUGGGCAUUGAAGACAACUCCCAGUUCCGUACACAUCUCCAGUGUGAAUGCUUGCAAAAAUUCCUCUUUCUUGGACAAAUUUGCCCUUCCCCUUCGAUUAAUAAAUAAAUAUAUCAAAAUACCUUUUACAUUUCUUUUAACCCUUCAGGGACCCAAUCAAUAAAACUCGACGUAAUAAUUAGUAGUGAGUAUCUUUUAAAGGACAAUUAUCGUUUUCUAUUUCUUUUUUUUCUCUUUAAAACCACCCAAAAGCUCGACCAAUUUUGGGUCUUUCUCUAACUUUUCGAAGCUUUCAGAUUGAGCCUCUAUUCCUUAUAGCCCAUGGAAAAUAAUAUUCAUAAAAUAUAUGGUUUUUCAUCACAUAAAUUCAAAUUUAAUAGCAAUUGUGCCAUUGAUUACUUAUUAAGACCGACAAGAUUGGUAGAGAGAGAGAGAAAGAAGCAAAAACAAAUUCACAAAUGUUUCACAAAUUAUAUGCCUUUUCAUUUGAUUUUACCUUUAUUGUUUUGUUUUGUUUUGUUUUGUUUUUUUUCCUUAGGUAUGUUAUGUACAUAUGUUGACUGGAAAAAGUGUGGUAAAUGGGGAAAGGGAGAAAUGGUUGUUAUGGAGCAGACAAAGUUGUAAAUAAAAAUAAGAAUAGCAAUUAAUAGCGUGCGGAGGUUGAUAAGCUUAUCGUGUUACAAACUGGUUGGUUUAAUCCAACCCCCCCUUUUCUAUCACUAUCCCAUCCAAGAAAAUAUAAUUUAACAAGUUAUCUUCCUCUUUCAUAUCAUAAAUUCAAUAUUUUUAGAAUUCCUCCUCUUCCCAUCUUAAUUACUCCUAUUAUCACCGAAUAGAUCUCUUGAUGUGAUAUUUAUUAUUUUUUUUUUUAUUAAAAAGAGAAAAUUCAAUACUUAUAAUUCAUAACACAAUUGUUUUAUUUGUCUAUAUGUUUUAUGAAAUCUCAUUAUAUAAACCAUAUAUAUUUAACAUUGGAUAAAAAUUAUAUCAUUACAAACGGUUAAAUAUAGAGACUGUGUGAGGUAUGGAAUAUAAUAUAAGACGAAGGUGAUAAACUAAACUAUUAUGUAUUGAAGUUAUUGGAGAAAAAAAUUGUUACCCCCAAACAAAAUUGGAAAGAAAAUAUUCACAAUUUGAUUUGCUAUAAAACUACCUGCCACAAUGUUUCAGCUUAUCAAACAAAAAUUUCUUUUCUUUUUUGGAGUUUAGAGGGGAAAAUGUUGACUAGUUGGACUAACCAAUGAGAGGAAGCCAUGCAAAUGUAAUAUUGUGAAGGAAAAAAAAGAAAAACUAUGAGAGGGGUGGCGCCAUAGGAUCUAUGAACAAGAUGAGCCACGUGGCUUCACCACGUCAAUGACAGCUUUAUUUUUAUAAUGUGAAGACUAGAAAGUGAUGCUUCACAAUCACACUAAUCAAUAAAAAUAAAACACACACAUUAUACCAUAUGAUUUACAUAAUUAUGUUAUCAUUAAAACAUAUACUUCCAAUAAUCCCAUCUUUAAUUUUUAAAUUAUAUUGGUAAUUUAGUUUUUCAUUAGAGAGAGAGAAAAAAAAAAAAAAAGAGGACACGUCAUCGUUUUCACCCAAAGUAAUAAACAGUGGACGGCACCGAACCCAUUUGACUUCCUUUCCCAUUCUUCUAUUUAUAGAGUUUCAUAUCAUUUACGUCCCUACAUAUAUCCAUAUUUUUCACUGAUCUCUCCAAAAUCUCCCUUUUACAACAUACAAACUUCGUAUUCGAAUUUCACCGUCGAAUAAUCCGAAAUCUCCGAAGUUUUCAUCACGCGAAAAUGGGAAGAACCCCAUGCUGUGAGAAAGAAGGUUUGAAGAAAGGUCCAUGGACUCCUGAAGAAGAUCAGAAACUUAUUGAUUAUAUACAGAAACAUGGGUAUGGAAAUUGGAGAACUCUUCCCAAAAAUGCAGGUCUACAACGAUGUGGGAAGAGCUGCCGUCUUCGAUGGACAAAUUAUUUGAGACCCGAUAUUAAGAGAGGAAGAUUUUCAUUUGAGGAAGAAGAAACUAUCAUUCAACUUCACAGCAUUUUGGGCAACAAGUGGUCUGCAAUUGCGGCUCGAUUGCCAGGGAGAACCGAUAACGAAAUUAAAAACUACUGGAACACUCACAUAAGGAAAAGGCUACUGAGAAUGGGAAUUGAUCCGGUAACCCACAACCCCAGGCUUGAUCUUCUUGAUUUAUCUUCAAUUUUGGGGUCAUCUUUUUACAACAACAAUAGUCCCAAUUCCCAAAUCAACAAUUUCUCAAGGUUAAUUGGAAUACACAACUCAACAAUUAACCCUGAAGUCCUUAGGUUUGCCAGCUCUUUCAUUACCUCUAACAGUCUCUCUCAACAUCACACUCCAAAUUUUCUACUUCAAAACGUUGAUCAAAAUCAAGAACAAUAUUCCCAAAUGAUCAUCUCUCAUUUACAAUUACAAGAACAACAACCCCAACACCAAAUUGACCCAUCCUCAGCUCUUCCACCGCUCCAUGAAGUCUCCGCCGGUUGCAGUCCGUCCACCACCACCUCUUACGGCGGAGAACCCCACUAUUAUCACUCCUCCGGCCACCAAUUACUGUUCCAGUCAUCAUCAAAUUUCACCACUGACUUUUACUCCCAAAAUUGUCAACACCCAAAUGACGAAAUGGCCUCAAUUAAUAAUAAUAUGAACGGUUUUAAUUACUCAUCUUUAGAAGAGUUUCAAAGUUACGGUUUUUAUGGUUCACAUGAAGAACGAGAACGAGAACGAGAACAAGAACAAUUUCACGAACAAAUUAUGGAGGCGUCGCCGGAAACGUCGACUCUGAAUUCAAGCUCGACGCCGUUGAACUCAAAUUCAACAUAUUUCAGUACAACCAAUGGGAAUGGGACUGAUCAAGAUGAUAGAGAAAGCUACUGCAGCCAAUUUUUUAAGUUUGAAUUUUCCGAUUUUUUGGAUGUUAAUCCCGCCUUCAUGUAAUUCCCAAUAUUGAGAUAUUAUCAUAAAGGCUUUAAUUUUAGAAAUGAUGCCUUGUAAAAUUUUUCAAUAUUUUUCAUUAUGUGCCUAAAUGUAUGAUUUAGACCAUCUUCUGUCCUUUUUGUUCUCUUUUUUCUCUAAUGAGUCUUAUUAAUGAAAUUAGAGCAAAUAUCAUGGAGUAGAUUAUGCUCAAAUUUCAUGGAGGAGAUUAUGCUCAAAUAUCAAGGAGGAGAUUAUGCUGUAUUUAUCACCAUUAUUCUUCCCUUUUAUUUCCUUAAUUUUGUGUAUAAGUAUACAUGUAUGCUGUAAUAUUUGUAACAAGGAAUACAGAAAAAUCAAUAAACUUACAAGUCUCUCUCAGUUUUAUCU